GCCACCCUACGACCCAGCGUCUCGUUCGAACGCGCUAAAAAGAAUGUGAUAUUCCUCUGUUCUUGACCUGGUUCCCGACUUGCCACUGUAACUCAUCGGGGAGCUAGCCGCCGCGCUGCUCUGUGGCUACCUAUACCUCGCGGAGGAAUUGUCCGCAUGUGAGGUCACAAGGCCCUGAUUCGAUAUAUUUAAGGGUGAUUAUGUUAUAACCUAUAUCUAUAUUAUAACUAUUUCUUACCGUGAUAAUCUACAUUUCCUUCUUCUUCUUACUAUAAUUCUACUUUAGAAUCGACUGCCAAAAUCACACCAAGCAGCUAUGACGCAAAUACCACUUCUAAACACCUCGAAAUCCCCCCAAAUUCUUAAAGUUGGCCUCAUCGGCCUCGGUGAAGUUGCGCAAGCAGUUCACCUUCCGACCCUGUCCCUCCUCUCCCACCUCUUUACCGUCGUUGCAAUCUGCGACAUCUCCCCCGCCUCGCUGGCCCACUGCUCCGCCAAAUUCCACAUUCCUCACUGCUACACCUCCGCUGAGGAACUUUGCUUUCGCCCGGACCUCGACAUUAUCUUCGUCCUCUCCUCCGAUGAAUUCCACGCUUCCCACACCAUCACAGCCCUACAGAAUCACAAACAUGUCUUCGUCGAAAAGCCCGUUUCCCUCUCUGUCGCCUCCGCAGAACGCAUGCGCGCCGCUGAAAUCGCGAGUUGUGGCCGUGUCUUUGUGGCAUAUAUGCGCCGCUAUGCUAGUGCGCUACAGACCCUCCUAUCAGAACUAAAGACGGCGGGCGACAUCAAGUUCGCGCGCGUUCGCGACAUCAUCGGACCAAAUUCGUUUUUUGUAGAGCAGUCCGGCACGUUUCCAGAGAAAUUUGAGGAUUUCCCGGCUGGGGCUAUAGAUGAGAGGAAGGCGCUGCUUGAUGCGUUGUUGAGGGAAGCAUAUGAGGGACAUAAGGAGGUUACACCAUUGAUGACGCGGUUCUGUCGCUUCCUUGGUGGACUCGGCUCUCAUGAUUUGAGCGUUAUGCGCGAGGUUCUUGGUAUGCCGAAGGCGUGUACUGGGGUCUCGAUGCACCCACCCUUCUUCACUGCGACCUUUGAGUACGAGACUUUUGCUGUGUGCUACGAGAGUGGCCUAGAUGAUGUUCCAAGAUUUGAUGCGCACCUACAGAUCUACGGACAGAAGAAGACAUUGAAGUUGCAGUAUGAUACGCCAUAUGUGAAGGGACUACCGGUGAAGGUUUUAGUGGAAGAGAUGACGGCAGAAAAGGGAUACCAGCAGAGAGAGAUCGUGCCGACAUAUGAGGAUGCAUAUACAGCAGAAUUAAAGCAGUUGCAUGAGACUAUUACGCAGGGAGGGGAGAUUAAGACGACAAUUACGGAUGCAAUGAAGGAUUUGGAAAUCUUUCAGAUGAUAUUAAAGAAAGCAUUUCCUCUAGACUUAUGUUAGCAGACUCUGCUCCUAUACUUUCUUUCCUA